UAGCAUCCUAACAUUUUCCCACGAUAUAAAAACUAGCAUUAGCGUGCAAAUCAAACUGAACCAAUCAGCACACAAAAACAUUUCAACGAAAAUCAGCUGUUCUUACAUGGAACUGUGAAAGUGGCUGUCUGUUUGGGAGCAUCCUGCAAAAAGUGAUUACAUGCAAUUUUCAACGGCGUAAUAGUUAUCUUACAACAUAAUUUAAAACUUGGUUGAUUUGCGGUUGCUUCAAAUAAGUGAUUACCGAACUAAUUGUAAAACAAUGCGAAUAAAAUUUUCUUUCUAAUCAGAAGAUGGGAGUGACUGGUUGUGGGUGUUAUUACGAUUAUUUACAAAGAACAGGAAUAUUAUUUGUUUUUGAAUUGAAAAUGUCUUAUUGCUAGUAUGGAUACAAAUAAAAUGAGUCCAAUAAAAAAUAUGCCAGAUUGUGAGGAACCCUACCCCAGUUUAUCAGAUUAUCAUGACUACGAACCGAAUUUGGAAUUUGAUGAUACAGAGUUACACCAAUCUCCUGAUGCUCUUGCCAGUGCUGUGGACCUAAUUAAUGAAAUUGAAACUAAUGGAGUAGGGUCUCCUGUGUCUGAUUUUACUGAUGAGAAUUUUGAAGAAGAAUUAGCAGAAGCAUGUGAAGAAUGCUUUGACAGUCUUCUUUAUACGUCAUAUCCUGAAGUUGACUCCUCCGAUAAAUUUAUGGACAUUGCAAGGUACAAUAUCGUCGAUGUAAAAGGCGAUGAUGCUUUAGGCAGAAAAGUAAUAGUUGUAUAUGCCUGCAAAUUACCACCUGUUAAAGAAAUUGAUCAUGGAAGAUUUUUAAGGUACUUAACAGACACUUUAGAUAAGUAUGUGGAGCAAGAUUAUAGUUUAGUGUACUUUCAUUAUGGCCUUUCAAGCAAAAAUAAGCCUCCACUCAAGUGGCUUUGGCAAGCUUACAAGGCAUUUGAUAGGAAAUACAAAAAGAACUUACAAGCCCUUUAUUUAGUACAUCCAACCAAUUUUUUAAAGAUAAUUUUCCAACUUUUCAAACCAGUUAUUAGUGUUAAGUUUGGAAGAAAAAUUAAUUACAUUAACAACUUAAAAGAACUCAGCGAACAUAUUCGACUAGAACAGUUGUCCAUACCAGACCAAGUUAAAGAGCAUGACAGAAAAUUAGGAGGCACAAGUAAUGCUGUGGCAGUGGAAGACUCAAAACCUGAAUAUCCAACACAGCAAUUUGGUGUGACUUUAAACUUUAUAAAAGAUCAUUAUAAGGAAGUGAUACCACCUGUUGUUCGACAAUGUAUACAACAUUUGGAUAAACCUGAUGCUUUGGAAACGGAAGGUCUUUUCAGAAGAUCUGCCAACGUUUUAAAAGUGAAACAAUUAAAAGAAAACGCAAACAGGGGCGAAAUUUUAGUAUUUGAUGACCCACAUGAAGCUGCAGUAUUACUUAAAACAUUUUUAAGGGAACUUAAAGAGCCCCUUUUAACACAUGAACUGUAUGAUGAAGUGAUGUUGUUUCAAAGUUGGAGUAGAGAUGAACAGCUCAGGCAAGUUUCUAUUUUGGUGAUGGAAAAGUUACCCGAAGAUAAUUACAAGAUCCUCAAAUACAUCAUUAAUUUUUUGUCCAAGGUAAUGGAAAGAGCAGAUCUUAAUAAAAUGACUGCACAAAAUUUGGCAGUAGUUUUCGGACCGAAUUUGGUCUGGUCUGAAAAUAUUACUAUGUCUUUAACAGCUAUAGGCCCUAUAAACAUGUUCACGCAGUUCCUUUUACAACACCAUUCGGAAAUAUUUAUCGUUUAGUAGUCGAGUAGUGUGAAAGAGCAUACAAAAUAAUAAACAUUGGAAACGAUUAGCAGGUGAGAAGGAAACUCAUUUCUUACAUAAAUAAAUAAUAAUAUUAAAUGAUAACGAUGAUUUGAUUAAAAGGAAAUUGUAGUCAUUGCUUAGUCUGAUAUGCCAAAGAAAUUAUAAAGAAAACAUGAAAAUCACAGACUGUUUUUACACUUUGUACAUAACAUAAACUUUUGUAAGUAGACGCUGGGUGGGGUUA